AUGACUGCCAAUCGUAUUUUGGCUGCCGAUCUAUUAUCGUCUCCUACGAUCCUUGGGACUCUUGCCAUUACGGGUCUUACCGGGUUUUUGCUUGGUCUGUGGACAGCCCCAGCACUUCGUUCCGACCUCAAGCGCACAACAAAGAUUGCCGGUCGUCGGCGGAAACCCAAGCGACGACAUCACCAUUCUAAAUCAGAAGCAGCAUCAUCGAUAUCCAGCUCGACAAGCAAAUCUGGCGACAAGCAAGCGUCUGGGUCGGCAGCAGCAGGAUCUACAGGCGAUAUCAAUGUAGAUUCGAAAUCAGCUGAUUCGUUCAGCGACAAUGACGAAGAAGGAGAGACCGGUGACGAGGAUGAAGAUGAUCUGUCUGCGGAAGAAGACGAUGAAGAGGAGGAAGAGGAGGGCCCAGAUGCUCCCCCAGACGCGUUUGCUUACUCGUCUGAGGAGUGCAAGAUGGUGCUUGUAGUGCGCACAGAUUUGGGUAUGACCAAGGGCAAAAUUGCUGCGCAGUGCGCGCAUGCCGCUGUCGCAUGUUACAAGUCGAUCCAGCGCACCAACCCUCUCAUCCUGGCGCGCUGGGAGCGCCUUGGCCAGGCCAAAAUCACUCUCAAAGCAAACUCUGAGGAGGAGUUGCUUACCCUUCAGGCCAUGGCAAUUUCUCUUGACGUGACUGCGAAAACCGUCCGUGACGCUGGGCGAACUCAAAUCGCAGCAGGCUCAAUGACCGUCUUAGGUCUGGGCCCGGCGCCCAAAUCAACCAUUGACCAAAUUACAAAAGAUCUCAAGCUUUUAUAG